CCCCAACAUGCCUCGAUAAUAGACACUGGCUGCGAGCUUCUGGUGCUCCACUCCUUCUUGCAUGAGUUGUUGCGUACUUUGUUUUGGACGAGCGACUUUGGAUGAUGUUGGGAGGAAAACAUCUGGUUCUUCUGGCCGCGAUCACAGUCCUGGUCAAAUGUCAGAAGCCAGAAGUGUCGAUGUCACCCCCGUUAAAGCAGGUCUUCACCGGGGACCUGUUUUAUCUGCAGUGUCAUGCCAGCGGCAGCCACAACUCAGUGAAGUGGUAUAUGAACGAUGAAGAACAAGCAUGGACAAAGAAAUCCUGGAAGAUUCCGGCUGCCAAACCCCAGAACUCGGGCUCCUAUCGAUGUGAGGUCAACGGGCAGAGGAGUGACGGUCUGCAAGUCCAUGUUCAGGAGUUGCUCCCCACGGCGUCGCUCAGCAUCAAGACGGGUCAGCCUGUGGCGCAGAGGCACAGCAGCGUCAUCCUGCAGCUCGAACACGAGGACGGCCUGCGGGGCUGGAGCUGCCGCGUCUACAGGGGGGACAAGGUGAACAUCAUCACCCUGAACCUGGAGGGGGAAAACGAUGCCAGUCUGACGUUUCAACCCAGAAGUCUGCUCGAACUCGAGACCACGUUCUGGUGUACAGACGAGAGCGAAGAGAGCAGAAGCAACCAGAUCACCGUGAGGACCUCAGUAAAGAAGGUGUCUCUGGAAAUCUAUCAUCUGCCUGCUGUCGUCGGACAAGACGUGACUCUGCGGUGUCUCGUCUGGGGCACCAAGCAGAUCAUCCGCACCGUCUUCUACCGAGGGGACGAAGUGAUCGCAGAAGGCAACAGCAACACCAUUGAAAUCUUGAACAUUACAGAUUCUAAAGAGGGAAGAUACAAGUGUCACGCAACGUUCACAUAUAAGGCUGGCACUGGUGAGCCUUACCGCGAAACCUCUGAUGCUCAAGAUCUGCUGACUGUCAGUGCCAGAGCCGCGGACCUCUCUCCAGACAUGUCCUGCUCUUGUCCGCUGUGUCCCAGCGGCAUGUCCUAUCGGUACUACAGGAAGAACGGCCAGUCGUGGGAACGUCUGGGCCCUGGUCAGACGCCGGAGGAGAGCGGGACGUACCGCUGUCAAGCUGUGUGGAGGGGCAGCAGAACGUUCCUCAGCAGACCUGUCUACCUAUUGGCUCAGCCCUCGACAGUUUUAAUUCCAGUCGUAGUGGUGCUGCUGCUGAUUGGGAUUGUGAUUGGCUGUGUGGCGUUCAUCAUGUGGUACAGAAGGAGAAGUGCGAUGGGGUCAAUCUAUGAGGACGUGGCGCUGAGGUCGCCGUGUGAGACCAUGCGGGGAGUCCGCGGCAAGGAAGACGAGUACGAAACCCUUCACCCAAACCAGCCGGCCCCGGGGAGCAAAGGCGGCGAAUAUGAGGCACUGAAGGCAGAGGGGAUGAAGGAGGGUGUUUACCACACUCUGAGUAUGGAGGGGGCAUCGGGAGGGGGGGGCCAGGGUGAAGCAUCAAGGGAAAGAGACGCACAGGAAGAUCUGAAGGCUGAGAACGUAGCAGAUGGUGGGUAUGAAGCGCUGAAGAGAGAGGGAAUGAAGGAGGGUGUUUACCACACUCUGGGUAUGGAGGGGGCAUCGGGAGUGGGGGGGCAGGGUAAAGCAUCAAGGGAAAGAGACGCACAGGAAGAUCUGAAGGCUGAGAACGUAGCAGAUGGUGGGUAUGAAGCGCUGAAGAAAGAGGGAAUGAAGGAGGGGAUCUACCACAGUCUCAGUACGGAGGGGGCAUCGGGAGAGGAGGGCGACGUGAAGCGCUAGAAGAACAUCUAACGAUGCACCGAUUCCACGUUUUUAUCAAAUCACACCCGAUACCCCAGACUGGAAUCGGUACCGGUGCAUCCUGAGUCAAUGCCACACUCUACAAAAGCAUGGGGCAGCAGGAGGAGAGGGACCAGGGUGAGAAGGAAGGACAGAAACAAAUGAAAGAACCAAACGGACUGAGCCUUGAAACCACAAAGAAAAACAGACAGUCAGCCCGAUGAGCUGCCUCAGUGACAAAACUAGAUUACAUUCUGAUUGGGUCAAAAUUAACCAGCUUUGCAUCUUUGCAACAGUAAUCAGUUACUCACACCCAACCAUUCACAAAAAAACUCAGUGUGGU